GUGAGAAAGGUGAUAAACUCUACUUUGCAGAUGACUAACAGGUGUAAGGAAUGAAAUCAGGUUUCGCCUGAUUCCUAAGUCCUUGCUCUUUUCUCUUACAGCUCCCUGAAAUGCACCACCGAGGGUCUCCCUGGAGGGUGGCUGAGGGUGGAUGAGGCAGAGGGAACCGGCCCUACCUUCUGCGAGGAAGCUUGUCUGGAGCUUCCCAAACUAAUCAGCAGGGCAGAGCCCUGGGUCUUCAUCUGGCUUAGCCUGGGAGGUGUCCAGAACUCUCUGACCUAGAAACUCCCACCCCUCUUCAGUGACUCCCCAUCACCCCAAGAGACAGUCUAAACUCACCCAAGGCCCUCCAUGACCUGUCCCCUCCCUCCUUCCCCGCUCCCUCGCCUUCCAUGCUUGGCCCAGUCCCACCUUCCAGACUUCCUGACUACACAGAGUUCCCCAGACAGGUAUUGCUGUUCACGCCUCUGCACUUUUGCACACGAACUUCCCUCUCCCUGGCACCGCUUCCCGCCCCAGCGCUGGUGGACCUGGCCACCUCCUGCUUGUUUGUGAAGAUCCGGCUGAAGCCUCACCUCCAGAAUCCUUUCCUGUCACUGCUGCCAUCCCAGCUGGUCUCGGUGGCCCUGCUUCUGUGUCAUGCAGGGCUGCCCUCUUUUAUGGCACUGUCGCACCAAUUCUGUUUGUCUCCCUGCUGACCUGUGAGCCCCUGGAGGGCAGAGGUCUCUCUUACAGUUUCUCCGGGUCCCUAGCACAGUGCCUGGCACACGGUAGGAUGUGGAUGGGAAGGCAGUCCUGUUUCUGCCAGAGAGAAUCGAGAUGUCAGAAAUGGGCCUGGCUGUGCCUGCUGUUCUGUCAUAGCUUCUGCCACCCAAGGUUGGGAGGGACAGGACUCCAGGAGGCAGAUAAGGAAGAACACCGGGGACCGCAGGCUGGAGAAAGUCCAGGGCAGGUGAUCUGAGGUGGGCAGGUGUUGGCACUUGGGGCUGAAGCAGUGUCGUGGUGGGAGGGAGGAGAAAGGUGGCUGCCAGCGGGGCCGUGCCUUUUGAUCCCUCAUUGUCUCUGAGCAGCUCCUGAGCGGGCUCGGCGCGGGCUCGGCAUGGCUGAGUUGCAGCCUGGGCCUCCCUGCCUGGCCUAUCGAGGAAGGACAGUCAGCGCUGGGGGGCUCAGUGGGGCCUGGGGGUCUUUCAGGCCCAGAGGAGAUCUGAUCUGUCACCAGGAUCAAUGGCUGUAUCCAUGUGGCAGCCAAGAUAGACUCAGCUGAUCCCGGGGGGCCAUAAGGGUGGCCCAACAGAGACGUAGGGCCCAGGGUGAGAGUCACAUUGUGUUCCCCUGUCUCUGAGCUGGGUGUGAUUGGCACUGUCCUGCAUGGGCAUCUGAUGAGGAAACCGGAGCCAAAAAAGGCUUAGGAACUUUCAUUUGGCUACACAGUGAAUUAGAGUCAUCCCUCAAAGCUUUCAGCUUUUUUCCAGACCCAGCAGCUCCCCGGGCAGGACGCUGGUGAGUGUUAUCUGCAGGGCUGUGAUUUUCUUCCAUCUUGUGCUCUUUGAAGAAGCCCCGCUGGGCACCCUCUCCAGUUCUCUCAGAGACACCCCCAGCCCCUGCCACCAGAUUCUGGAAGUCCCUGAGGUAGCAGUCAUGGGCCAUUUGCCAAGUGGAAAACAUUGCUGCCACCAAGCUUGUCUAUGUCACAGGGUCACUGUGACAGUCCCUUGGAGUAACCCCAGAUUCCCUGGAGAGCCCCUGGUGACUCCCCGCCCCCAUGCACCCUCGGCAGUGGGGAGCCAGAGAGGCUGGGCAGUAGAGAGGAGCAUAAGAUUCAGGCUAGAGAGUCAGAGCUUCGUUCUUAGUGGAAUGGAGAGCCACUGAGCAAUGUUAAGCCAGGUGAUGGCGGGGGCACGUGUACCUUCUUUCUCUUCAGAAGAUAAACUGUGAGGCAGUGGAGGGAAUGAGACAGAGAACGAGUCCAGUGGUGAAGGGCCCUGGUAGCCCAACCUGAAUUCAGCCUCUGCUGGAACACCCCUUCAUCUCACAAGCAGGAGCCUUCACGACGUGCUCGGGGGGAAGUGAUUUGGGGUUUGGAGGCAGAUGCCUGGAGAGGGCAGACUGAGCCUCCAGUGUCCUGGUCCUUUGGUUCGUGGAUCUCAGGGAUAGAAAGGGUUUCAGGCCCCCUUCCCCUUCUUCCCCACCUUCUCCAUGGGCUCUUUAAGAAACCAAGGCUCUGGUCUUUCUCCUGGGCUAGAGUCCUUGCUGAGGUCUAUUUUCCAUGUACUUCCUGGCUCCCGACUCAGUGCUGACUCGACUCAGCUGAUGCUGUGACUCAGGAGGACGUGGAGGCCCUUCCUCAGACCCUCAGCAGAAGGGGAAGAGUGGGGCAUGCAGUGGAAACUUCGGUGGUGCCCGGCUGAAGUGUUCUUUCCGCCCCAGACCAGCGCAUGGGACGAGAAGCACUGGUGCGAGAGGGCCCAUGUGAUGCGUACCGAGGCUUCAUCCUGCUGAUUACCUUCUUAAUCUACACCUGUUAUCACAUGUCCAGGAAGCCCAUCAGUGUCGUCAAGAGCCGUCUGCACCGCAACUGCUCAGGGAUGAUCCAGCCCAUCAACGACACCCACAGCCUCAACGACACCACGUGGUGCAACUGGGCCCCAUUUGAUCAGAGCAACUACAAGGAGCUCCUGGGGGCGGUGGACAACGCCUUCCUCGUGGCCUACGCCGUCGGUAUGUUUAUCAGUGGCAUUUUUGGGGAGCGGCUUCCCCUCCGUUACUACCUUACAGCCGGAAUGCUGCUCAGCGGCCUUUUCACCUCGCUCCUUGGCCUGGGGUAUUUCUGGAACAUCCACGCGCUCUGGUACUUUGUUCUUAUCCAGAUCUGCAACGGACUCGUCCAGACCACGGGCUGGCCCUCCGUGGUGACCUGCGUGGGCAACUGGUUCGGGAAGGGGAAGCGGGGGCUCAUCAUGGGCAUCUGGAAUUCCCACACAUCCGUGGGCAACAUCCUGGGCUCCCUGAUCGCCGGCAUCUGGGUGGAUGAGCAGUGGGGCCUGUCCUUUGUGGUGCCCGGCGUCAUCACCGCCAUCAUGGGCCUCAUCACCUUCUUCUUCUUCAUUGAAUACCCAGAAGACGUGGGCUGCUCCCCACCUCAGCACCAUGGUGGGCUGGAAGAGAACGUGGACGACGCUGAGGACCCUGGCAGUGGGCCCCACUCUAACAGAGAGAACGGCCUGGAGUCUGCUGUCACCUCCUCCAAGGAGCCAAGCGCUCAGCCCGCUGCCAUCAGCUUCUUUGGGGCGCUCUGGAUCCCGGGUGUGGUCGAGUUCUCCUUGUGUCUGCUCUUUGCCAAGCUGGUCAGUUACACCUUCCUCUACUGGCUGCCCCUCUACAUCUUCAAUGUGGUUCACUUUAGUGCCAAGGAGUCUGGGGACCUGUCCACGCUCUUCGAUGUUGGUGGCAUCGUAGGCGGCAUCCUGGCGGGGCUCAUCUCUGACUACACCAAUGGCAGGGCCACCACCUGCUGCGUCAUGCUGAUCUUGGCUGCCCCCAUGAUGUUCCUGUACAACUACGUUGGCCAGAGCGGGAUCAGUAUCUCCAUAGUAAUGCUGCUUAUCUGUGGAGCCCUGGUCAACGGCCCUUAUGCCCUCAUCACCACUGCUGUCUCGGCUGACCUGGGCACGCACAAGAGCCUGAAGGGCAACGCAAAGGCGCUCUCCACCGUCACGGCCAUCAUCGACGGCACUGGAUCCAUAGGUGCGGCUCUGGGGCCUCUGCUGGCCGGGCUUAUUUCCCCCACAGGCUGGAACAACGUCUUCUACAUGCUCAUCACUGCCGACAUCCUGGCCUGCUUGCUCCUCUGCCGGCUGGUGUACAAAGAGAUCCUGGCCUGGAAGGCAUCCCUGAGUAGAGACAGAGGCUCUAGUGUGGCCCUAACCCACGCGCGGUAGUAUUUUCCUCAAGUCCCGUGACUUUGUAUAGAGAAAUGUGAGGACCCGAUCGCAGCAGAAACUUGGAGGGCCCUCGCCGGGUCCCACAGUUCCCCCCCACAGAUGGCUGAGGCAAAGCCUCUGGACCCAACACCAGCCAGCCCAGCCCACGAGGCUUCCACGGGCUAGGAGACUCUCCACCAGCAGGGGACCACCAAGCUUGAGGCCACGGAAGACUCAAGGGCCUUGUGGGAGGACGGAGGGGAUGCAAAGUGCCCACUGAACUAAGGCACCUUGAGACCAAAAAUUGAGGAGGCAGCUCCGUGUGAUCAAUGGACCAGUUUAGUAUAGGGUCACUUACAGGGUGGGAUCGGGAUUGGGGUCAGGUGGACGGCGGUCUGGGAGCGCUCCACACCACCAAGGGGCCAUCAGGACAAUUUUAUAGUUAACCUGGGGCAGGGGGGCGGGUACUUGGAAACAGGACAUGCAUUCUUAAGAUUUAUGAAUGGGUAACUAGUCUCGUGGCUGCCGGGAAUACGUCAGGGGAGGUUUUCAUCAUUGUUUGGGGACUAACAGAGCAUAGAGGCUGCCUGGUCCUAAAGAUUAUUAAACAGUAUCUAUUAACUGCAAAGCCCUUGAUGACAGAGAAGUGAUUUACCACACAGUAUACAGUCCUGCGCAGGGGAGCGGAAGGAGAGGAGGAGCUGUGAGGGCCCCGAAGGCGUCAGUCACGCUGCCAGCGAUGAAGGCCUGAGCUCUGGAGGCCGCCAGCGGAAGGGAUCAGGGCUAAGCGGUGUCCGCAUUUUGGUACAAGAAGGGAUAUGCUCAGACUCUUGCUUGUUCAGAUUCCAAGACAGAAGGCAGAGGUUCAGCAGGGCCACGGCCUGGAAAAAGCACGUCUCCCCUUCUCACGUUAAACGUGAGCCUCCGUAAUCAGCCUGAGCCUAGAAGCGCUAUUUCAGAGCCACCCGGCCUCUCUUUGUCCCUUUGUCCACAAGCCAGUUUUCUCCGUGUGUUUCCCCACGUUGGCACUCCUCCAUCUACCCUCCAUUUGAUCCUGUUUCUAACUCCUGACCCAUUUUGAUUAAAGCAUUAUUGCCGUAUCCUCCAGGGCAGGCCUAGGGAGAGACAGGGGAGGCGUCACUCCCAACUGUGAGGGCCCCUUGCCUGCUCUCAUCCCAGCCCUCUGUGUCCCCAGGGAAGAUGGCUUGUCAGGGCGGUGCUGUAGGGGAAGGGUGGGGCGGAGGGCAUGACCAAAGUACCAGUUACGUUAUUAAAUAUUUUGCUAAUGAAGUGCCAGUGGUUGCCGAGUGCUCACUGUCUGCCAGCUCUGCUCUGGGAACGGAGUAGGUAGUGGACACAGAAAAAGGACUGACACCCAAAGCACAGGCACCAGGGUGACGUGACUAGCAAGGAGGGCGGGUGCUGCCGGCUUCGUUCAGGCACCUGUUACGUGUGCAGCUCGCGGCCCCCUGCAGCUGGCCUCCUCUCCCGCGUGUUCUGGCCGCCCCAAACCCUUGGAUCUGCCAGGCCAGUGCUUGGCAUUUCUGUCUGCCCUCUGAAGCUGCCCAUUAGCCCCGAUACAGAUGUCACCAGCUGUGCCUGUGCUCGUCCUGUCAGGGCUCACGUGGGCCGCUGGGGCAGCAUCCCAGGGCCACAGGGUGGUGUGCUGGGGUGCUGACCACUGGCGUGCCCAGAGGAAGCAGUCGUGAGGACACUGAGGA